AAUACGUGACAGUUGUAUUAACUGCUCUCAUUUUGAGAUAUACAGAAGGAGUGUUCCGGAAUUAUGAGUCCCUCAAGACCACUAUUAAUAUUGGAGCCAUCUUCCCUCCAAACACUGUUACCGAGGUGGCAUUUGCUUCUGCCCUUACUCGCGCGUCGAUGGAAAGUGAACGCUUCCAUUUUGUCCUGAAACCACUUUACGCUCCUUACGGCGACAGCUUCGCCGCUUCGAAGGCCGCAUGUGAGCUAAUUGCUGGAGGGGUCAUAGCAAUAUUUGGACCUACCGAUAUUACCUCAGCCUCUGUCGUGGACGCUCGUUGUAGAGCUGCUAAAAUACCCUUUAUUCAGGCAAUAUGGCGCCCACCGCCUGUUCGCGGUCUUCAGCCACCGACGCCGCCUGGCAUCAAUUUAUACCCUGAGGCAGUAGCUCUUUCCAAAGCCGUAGCUCUCUUCAUAAAGGACAGCGAUUGGAACACAUACACGCUACUGUAUGACGAUGAUCAUGGCCUAAUAAGACUACAAGAAAUACUGAAAUAUGCUAAUCCUGAACACAAAUGGCUGGUACGGAGAUUGGUCCCCGGGGAAGACAACCGACCUUUACUAAAAACUUUGAAGGCUACAGGAGAAACCAGAGUUAUACUAGACUGUCCGGCCGAUAGAAUCAUGGAAUAUCUUCGCCAAGCAAACGAAGUUAAAUUUUUUGAAGAUUAUAUGAGCUAUGUACUGAUGUCACUUGAUGCGCAUACAUUGGAUUUAGAAGAACUGCGAUACAAUCUGUCGAAUGUAACUUGUCUAAAAAUUUUCGACCACGACGAUUCAAGGACGAGAUAUUAUUUAGCUGACUGGAAAAUUAGAGGUUCACCUGAUGUCAAAAUUCCUGGAGAAACUCACGAGAUCACUGUUGAAGCCGCUUUGGCUAGUGAUGCAGCAGUACUCAUAACAAAUGCCGUGGAAAGCGCACCAGAAGAAUUCAAAAUAGAAGCGCAACCAAUAGAAUGUGGAUCUGAAGAUGUAUGGGAAAUUGGAGAUGACUUUAUAAACCAUAUACUGACGAACCCCAUAGUAGGAAUAACAGGCAAGGUACUUGUUGAUAACGCCACUGGUGAACGCACCAAUUUUAACGUAGAUGUAAUGGAACUUUCUAAUAGCGGAUUCAAUAGCAUUGCCAAAUGGAAUGCAGAAACUGGUUUCGAAUACGCCAGAUCUGCUAACGAAGUAUCAGAUCUCCUAGCUGAAAAAUGGCAAAACAAAACAUUCAAAGUGGUAUCACGUAUCGGUGCACCAUAUCUUAUUGAAAAGGUUCCCGAAGAAGGAAAAGUCUUAGUUGGUAAUGAUCGAUACGAAGGGUAUUCAAAAGAUUUGAUACAUGAGAUAUUGAAGGAAACGCUGCAUCUGAAUUAUGAAAUUGAAAUUGUUCCUGGCAAUUUGUAUGGUUCUUAUAAUAAGGACACCAAGAAAUGGGACGGGCUUGUUGGACAUCUUUUGGAACGGAAAGCGGACUUGGCGAUUUGCGAUUUAACAAUAACAUACGAGCGAAGAUCUUACGUUGACUUCACCACACCUUUCAUGACGUUGGGUAUCAGUAUCUUGUAUUCGAAACCCACUCCUCCCGAACCUGAACUGUUCUCUUUCCUGAAACCAUUUUCAGUAGAUGUUUGGAUUUACAUGGCCGCUGCUUAUUUAAUGGUUUCUUUAUUACUUCACGUUUUAGCCAGAUUGGCUCCUAAUGACUGGGAAAAUCCACAUCCUUGUGACAAAUCUCCCGAAGAAUUAGAGAAUAUUUGGCAUAUCAAAAAUUCCUGCUGGCUGACUAUGGGAUCCAUCAUGACACAGGGAUCAGACAUUUUGCCGAAAGGAUAUUCUACUAGAUGGGUAUGCGGUAUGUGGUGGUUCUUUGCACUGAUUAUGUGUUCAUCCUAUACUGCAAACUUGGCUGCGUUCCUUACCAAUGCUGCUAUGGAUGAUUCGAUCAAAAGUGCUGAAGAUUUAGCAAUGCAAACUAAAAUAAAGUACGGAACCGUGGCUGGCGGAUCUACUUAUUCAUUCUUUAAGAGAUCAAAUGUAUCCACUUAUGCAAGAAUGUGGGCUGCAAUGGAAUCAGCUCGACCCUCGGUUUUCAUGAAAAACAACGACGAAGGUGUCGAAAGAGUGCUCAAGAGCAAACGGACGUACGCAUUCCUAAUGGAGUCCACGGCUAUCGAAUACCAACUCGAAAGACACUGCGAUCUAAUGCAAGUGGGGGGAUUACUCGAUUCUAAAGGUUAUGGAAUAGCUAUGCCAUUUUUUUCAUCAUACCGAACAGCUGUGGAUAACGCCGUCUUGAAAUUAGCCGAAGCUGGAAAAUUGGUAGAGCUCAAAAAUCGAUGGUGGAAAGCCCCUGAUACUGGAGCAUGUGAAGCUGAAGAAGAAGAAGAGGGAGCCAGUGCAGCUGAACUGGGUGUAGACAACGUUGGAGGGGUAUUCGUGGUGUUGGGAAUAGGAUGUGGUAUCGCAUCGGCUAUGGGCAUUUUCGAGUUCCUGUGGCAUAUCAGAGAAGUUGCCAUUGAACAAAAGAUGACACAGACUGAAGCGUUCUGGGCAGAGUUGGUAUUUGCCCUAAGCUUCUGGGAGACUGAGAAGCCCGUCGCCCACUCCAGGCCGACCUCCUCAGCCUCUGGUUCUGGUUCCAACGUAGCAUCUCGAGCGUCGUCCGUCCUAAGAUCCGCCGCUGAUCUGUUCCGAUUGGAUGUAUUUAAUAAAUAAUAGGCUUAAAAUAUUUUUUGAAUAGUUUA